AUGAAUUCGAUCCAACAUCUUAUGAUUGAAAUGAUUGGGAAAUUUUGUUCGAUACUUAUAUCGAUGUCGAAGAAACCUACUGAAUGCACUUAUUCGGAAAUAAUUAAAAAACUUCGUACAAAUUAUGCACGUGUUACAUUUUUUGCAACGCGUCAAGAAUCAUCACAAACUGUUACUGAUUUCUCAAAUUCUCUUCGAGAUAAAUCAGUAACAUAUAAGUUUCCAAAUGAUUUUUGCGAAGAUGCUUUAAUUGUAGCAUUCGUCGGUGGUUUAAGAAAUGAACAUGUUCGAAAACAUUUAAUGCAGCAAAGUUUGGAAACAUUUGAACAAACACUUAAUACAGCACGAAUAUUUGAAUCAGUUCUUAUUCAGGCUGCUAAUGUUAAAGAUAAUUUAUCAGAAGAUUCAUAUAUUAUGGAAAUUCAACAAAAUGAUAAACACUAUGAAUGUUCAUCACAAACGUUUUUGUUCAAGUUUGUAACAAAGAAGGUCAUUGUUAAAGUUUGUCGUUCACAAACAACUUCAAAUAACGUUAAGAUUAAUACUGUAUGUCCUGUAAAAUAUCAACCAAAUAUAGAUGAAGAUCCAAUUCAAAUUCCUAUCCAAAUUGAUGGUUUAUAUGUUACAUUUGAAUUAGAUACGGGUUCUCCUAUCACGAUUAUCAAUGAACAUAUACGGAAGAAGAUGGGAAAACCAAAAUUAACACCUGUUAAAUCAAUUUAUAGUAGUUUUACAGGUCAUUCUAUUCAUCUGAAGGGAGAGAAAAUGGUGAAGAUGAUUUACAAUGGGCAAAGUUCUCGAUUAAAAAUUUUAGUUGGUGGUAGAAAUCGAAAUAAUAUUGUUGGUCAUAAUUGGAUUAAUUCUUUACAUUUAAAUAGAAUUAAAUUAAAUGAUAUGUUUUCAAAUAAUACGAUUUCUAAUGUUAAUUCUGAAAUUAAAUAUAUUCGAACAACACCUGAACAUCCUCAAUCAAUUGAUCAAACUGAACGUAAUGUUUAUUUUGAAAAAUCUGUUCUUACAAAGGGACUUCAUAAUAGACAAAAUAUUUCUAAUGUUCUUUCUAAAUGUUUAUGCUGUUCCAGAACAACUCCUCAUCCAGCAAUUAGUACAAAUCCAACUGAAUUGUUCUUAAAACGGCAACGUCAAACCGUAUUAGAUUUAUCACGUUCCGAUGCAACUGAUGCAUCAAGUAACAAAGUUUUUGUUCAUGAUUUUAGGAAUCAUUCGAACAAAGUCGAAUGGGUGCCUGGUGUGCUUAUUGGUCGUGAAGGACCUCGAAUAUGGACUGUCAAGGUUGGAAUACCAAUAUGGCAUCGUUAUGAUGAUCAAAUUAAACAUCGUCAAUGGUCAAGUGAUGAUGAUGUCAUCGUCAUAGGUCCAUUAAAAACAACAACAGGUCAUGAUAAAGACUCAUCAACUUCUCCUUCUACAUCUGAUCAAGGACCAGGGACAAUCUAA